AUGCCUCGUAUCUUAACAACUGGGUCGACAGGCUACAUUGGAGGCAGCGUCCUGGCUGCAAUCCAUGCCACAUACCCAGAAUGCACGAUCAGCGCGAUGUUACGCAAGAUCACCACGCGCUAUACGGAUGCAUAUCCUAAUGUUAAGAUCGUGCAAGGCGACUACGACAGCGCGGAAAUCAUCGCCACGGCUGCAGCUGAAAGCGACAUCGUCAUUCAUGCCGGCGAUUCGGACCACAGGGGAGCUAUGGAGGCCAUCCUCACUGGUCUUAAGCGACGCACGUCGACCACAUUCCUAAUUCAUUUGAGCGGGACAGGUUGCAUCUCCGAUGUCUACACUGGCAAUCUCGGCACUCUCAAUCCCAAGAUCUGGUCGGACAUCGACGACAUCACCGAAUUGGCGUCUCUGCCGGAGGACCGCAUGCAUCGGGAUGUCGACAAGCUGGUCUUCGAGGCUGCAAAGACUCACGGCGCACACAUCCACACCGCAAUCAUGUGUCCUCCAGACAUCUACGGCGAGGGCCGAGGGCCAGGGAUCACUCAGAGCUUCAUGGUCCCCUUCUUCUACGAUGCGAUUCUGGCGCACGGAUCCGCGUUCUAUAUUGGACAGGGAGAAAACGUCCGCAGCACGGUCCAUAUAGACGACGUCACGAGCCUCUACGUCAAGGUCGUCGGCGAAGCGAUCAAGAGUCUAGAAACCGGCACAGUCCAGAGCGAGUACUGGGGUGACAACGCAAGUGCUUUCUCCGAGGUGCGAUGGAAAGAUAUGGCGGCGGCGACGGGGAAAAUCAUGACUUCUAUGGGUUUGAUCAAGUCCGAAGAGAGCACCGAAUGCUCAAUCGAAGAUGUGGAGAAGUUGCCGGGCUCCCGUUUGCUCUCAUUGUACCUAUAUGGCAGCAACGGCCGCAGCAGGGCCGACCGAGCCACCAAGUAUUUGGAUUGGAAGCCCACCGCGCCCGGGUUGAUGGAAUCGCUUCAAGCAGAUCUGCUUGCCCACCAUCAGGAUAAGCAGCGAUCAGCGGAUAUCGUUGCCGGUAAAAUAGCCAGAUGA